AUGUCUCAGAAAGGAGCUCAGCUGGAUUUGGAAUUCAUUUCCUGUUCGAUAUGUCUGGAUGUGAUGAAGGAUCCGGUCACUAUUCCCUGUGGACACAGCUACUGCAUGGGCUGUAUUAAACACUACUGGGAUGGAGAGAAACAGAAUGAAAAGGAGAGCUGUCCUCAGUGUAGGAAGGCCUUCACACCCAGACCUGACCUGGUUAAAAACACCAUGUUAGCAUUCCUGGUGGAGCAGCUGAAGAAGACUGGACUGCUUCGUGUUGAAAUGAAGCAAAAAGAGCUCAAUGUGAAUCGACAGCAGAGGAUCCAGGACCGAGAGGAAGAUGUGAAGCUGCUUCAACAGGAGGUGGAGGAAGUUGAUGCUUUAUUGUCACAAACCGAGCCCAAAACCAGAGCUGAAUUCUCUAAAUAUUCACGUGAAAUCACACUGGAUCCAAACACAGCAACCAAAGGGCUGUCCUUGUCUUUGGAGAACAGGAAAGUCACAGUCACAAAACGAAAACAGAUAUAUUUCAGUCACCCUGAUGGAUUAGAUAUCUGGCCUAAGGUCCUGAGUAGAGAGGCUCUGAUUGGACGAUGUUACCUGGAGAUCGAGUGGAGAGGGUAUCAACUGGAUUUGGCCCUCACAUACAAAAGUGUCAACAUGAACGAGGAUGAAAUUGGAUUAGGAUUCACAGACAGAUCUUGGAGUUUGAGAUGUGAGAACCACUAUUUUUCCUUUUGGUUUAAUAACGUGGAAACUCCCCUCUCAGGUGCUCGUUCCAACAGGAUAGGAGUUUACUUGGAUCACAGUGCAGGGGUUCUGUCUUUCUACAGCGUCUCCAGUGAAACCAUGACCCUCCUCCACAGAGUCCAGACCACCUUCACUGAGCCUCUCUACGCUGGAGUUUGCUUUUAUGACAACUUUGGAGACUAUGCUGAGUUCUGUAGACUUAACUAG